CGCAGCUAAGCUCUGGCUAACAUGGCAAAGAUCAUAUUCUACGAGGACAGAGACUUCCAGGGCCGCUCGUAUGCGGCCACUGCCGACCAGCCGGAUAUGCACGCUCACCUUAACCGCUGCAACUCAAUCCAGGUGGAAAGUGGCUGCUGGAUGAUCUACGAGCGCCCCCAUUACAUAGGACAUCAGUACUUCCUGAAAAAGGGGGAAUAUCCAAAUUACCAGCAAUGGAUGGGGUUCAAUGACUCCGUCAAGUCCUGUUGCAUAAUCACACCUAAGGAUACAAGUCUAUGAAAGGAAUGAUGUGGGAGGCAGGAUGACGGACUCCUUCUGUGACUAUCCUUCUCUCUGUGACGAAUUUCAUCCCAGGGACAUCCAGUCCUGUCAUGUUUUUGAAGGAAACUGGAUUUUCUGUGGACAGCCAAACUACCGAGCAUGGCA